AGUCUUGCGCAGGUGUACUGGCUCCUCCCCUCAGUCUUGCGCAGGUGUACUGGCUCCUCCCCUCAGUCUUGCGCAGGUGUACUGGCUCCUCCCCUCAGUCUUGCGCAGGUGUACUGGCUCCUCCCCUCAGUCUUGCGCAGGUGUACUGGCUCCUCCCCUCAGUCUUGCGCAGGUGUACUGGCUCCUCCCCUCAGUCUUGCGCAGGUGUACUGGCUCCUCCCCUCAGUCUUGCGCAGGUGUACCGGCUCCUCCCCUCAGUCUUGCGCAGGUGUACCGGCUCCUCCCCUCAGUCUUGCGCAGGUGUGCCGGCUCCUCCCCUCAGUCUUGCGCAGGUGUGCCGGCUCCUCCCCUCAGUCUUGCGCAGGUGUGCCGGCUCCUCCCCUCAGUCUUGCGCAGCUGUGCCGGCUCCUCCCCUAUCAGUCUUGCGCAGCUGUGCCGGCUCCUCCCCUAUCAGUCUUGCGCAGCUGUGCCGGCUCCUCCCCUAUCAGUCUUGCGCAGCUGUGCCGGCUCCUCCCCUAUCAGUCUUGCGCAGCUGUGCCGGCUCCUCCCCUUCAGUCU